AUGGAUUGCCAAGUAAUAGGAAGGGGACGUGGGAGACCUACUAGACAACACCCAGAAGCGGGUGGUGAUUGGGAACCUGAGAUCAAUCAAGACCAAGAGCAAGAGGGAAUGGCCGGAAAUCAAGUGGCCACCGCAAUUAAUCGGAUCACUGAUGUCUUAGAGCGCUUGACUGAACACCAAUGCCCUAGACAAGUGCAUCAUCAAGGAGGCCCAGUCGAUUCUGAGGAUCGGGCAUUAGAAAGAUUUCUGAAGUUCGGACCCCCCAAAUUUUAUGGAGGACCCGAACCGGAGGUAGCUGAAGGCUGGUGGGAGAGAAUCUCCGACAUUUUUGCAGCCUUAAACUAUGCGGAGGAGAGACAAGUGACUUUCGCCGCAUUCGAGUUUGAGCGAGAUGCUCGUUCCUGGUGGAACCUGGAAGGAUUAGCUGCCGUGAGGAUAGACACUUUUGCCGAUGCUGUCGAGAAAGCCCAACGAGUUGAAGUAGCCAGAGCUCAAGUGAAAUCUUUUCAGGCUAAGAAAAGAUUUGCCCCAAGUAUUAGUCGGGAGCCGACUUACGAAAAUGCUCCACCGGCCAAGGUGGGACGAGGAACAAGCGGAGUGAAUAGUCCUGGAGCACCACGAGGCGCUCUAGCAAAAGGAGCUGGGGCAAGAAAUUCAGGGGGAAGAAAUAAUGGAGCUAGAGGGAGACCAAAUGGAAGAGGUCAACCUAAAAAUGUCUCACAAGGAGAUCGUGCGAUAACUUCACAGGCAACUUGUGGGUAUAGGAAGAGACCCGGCCAUACUGUGGAUGGUUGCUGGAGGAAACAAGGAAAGUGCUUGAAGUGUGGAAGCAGUGAGCACCAACUUUUCGGUUGGCCAAAAAUACAAGACGAUGAAAACCUGAAUGCUGGACCAGCCAACUCUAGAGGGAAUAGGCCGACAGUUCCCGCCAGGGUAUACGCUAUAGAUGACCAGCCUGUACCUGAUUCCUCGGAAGUCGUGGAAGGUACUCUUCCAAUCUUUCAUCGAUUAGCUAGAGUGUUAAUUGAUCCUGGUGCAACUCAUUCAUUUGUGAAUCCAACAUUUAUGUCCGGAAUUGAUGUGAAAUCUGUUAGAUUAUCCUUUGAUCUUGAAGUUAGGAUACCAAUGGGUAACAAGAAUAUAAUCACUUGCUUAGCCUAUAAGAAUUGCGAAUUCUGGAUUGAAGAGCGUAAAAUGCUAGUGGAUUUGAUAAGCCUGGAUAUAAAAGGUUAUGAUGUUACUAUAGGAAUGGAUUUCCUAGCUCAUCAUCAUGCUAAACUGGACUGUAGAGCAAAAGUGCUAGAACUUUGGAUUCUCGGGGAAGCAACCCUGAAGUUAGAUAUGAGAGGUAGGUUAGCAUCGUCUGCGAUGAUCUCGGGAAUACGGGCGAGGAAAAUGUUAAAUAAAGGAGCGCAAGGUUUCCUAGCCUUCCUGAUUAACGCUCCUAGUGACCAAGUGAAAUUAGAAGAUGUAGCAGUGGUACGAGAAUUUUCGGACGUUUUCUCUGAAGAAUUAAAGACAUUACCGCCGGAGAGAGAAGUGGAGUUCAAGAUUGACUUGGUGCCGGGAACGGCUUCGAUUUCCAAGACUCCGUACCGAAUGGCUCCUGCAGAGUUAAAAGAGUUGAAAAUUCAACUGCAGGACCUACUGGAGAAAGGUUUCGUUAGAGAGAGUGAUUCCCCAUAG